GGUAGUUGUCGCAGCCAUCAUGGCAAAUCCACGGAAGUUUAGCGAAAAGAUCGCUCUCCACAACCAAAAGCAGGCCGAAGAAACGGCAGCCUUUGAGGCAAUAAUGAGAGAAGUCUCAGGAGCGACAAAGGGGCAGGGACAGGGUUAUCUCCAGAAGCAGCCUCAACAACUACAUAUUGCACAAAACUUGGGUGCAUAUCGAGGAGGUUCAUUACCCAAUGUCAACCAGUUGGGAUCAAACUCGAUAGAUUUGCAGAAUGCAUUACACAACCUAGAGGACAUACAGCAAGGUAGACAGAGCUUGGUAGAUAGAUUGCAUCGGGAUAGAACUCGCCAGAUCAUUGGUCAUAGGAGACCAUUUCCUUUUGACAAAAGGGCUGACACGUCUCCGUAUGGAUCCACUUAUCUUUCGCCGCCACCAGAUACAAGUUGGAGAAGGCCAUUUCAGCCCUCUGUUCUGGCUACUCUGCUCAGAACCAACUCGGACUCGGCAUUACAUACGAGUGCAAACUCGCCUUCAGCCUCGAUGGAGCACUUAGGACCAACUACACCACCAGCAAAUAGAAGAGCAUUUCUCGGUGAUUCAAUUAUGGCAGAAAAUGCAGUGCUCAAGGGAUACAUAGAUCCGAGAAGGCAGUUGAUGCAGUCAAGACCGAAGUCGUGUGAAGUCCCUGGAAUAAACAUUUACCCCUCUGCAGAACAAGAAUCCACUGUAGGUCACAUCCCAAUAUCGAACAACACCGGCUCAUUACCCGAUCUCACAAGUAUACACUUUCCGUCGCCCUUAGUCACUCCGCUAGAUGCUGAAGACCAGACGUACAACCAACAGCAGCAGCAGUCACAGCAACAGAGCCAACAGCAGUCUCAGCAGCAGCAACAGCAAGGACAGCAGCAGCAGCAACAACAGGGACAACAAACUAGUCCUACGAGUCUGUCACCAACGUCUGUUCAUCACUUGUCUACUGGACCAGUGCGACAAACUCAGCAAACAAGCCCGAUAUCUCGGAGACGCCAUGUGCAUACAGCACCUAGCCCGUUAAUUCUUGGUAGCCCCACACACAUGAGACAGAAUCAGGUGCACAGUGUAGAUGGUAAUAGAUUGACAGUUGACCGGUUACCCCCGUAUUAUAACUUCUCCCAGCAAAUGCAGCCAUUACAACAGCCUCAGCCAGCGAGCCCCCAACCACCAGUCAUUACGGUACAUACUACUCAGGGCUCAAUGACUCAGUACCGAAAUAGUCAAAGUCGAGACACAUGUCAGUCGCCGACGUCGCCACACUCACAAUCAUCCUAUUCACCGUCUCAGUCACCUGGGUUACCACCAGGUUUACCGCCGUUACCGCAGCCCCCGCCCCCGUCGACAGGCAUGACAGGCAGCAAUACGUCAUAUUCAGACGCGUACUACACAAAUGCAUUACAACACCAGUUCGAGCAGUUUAAUAUGCUCCAGGGUGAUACCGCAUCAUUGACAAACGAUGUAUAUACAACAUUAAACAAUGAUGCGUAUGCCAAGGCGGCUUUAGAACAACUGACCCAGCUGCAGGACAAUCAGCCGACGACGACAGUGAACAACAAUGGUCUUUACAACCUCGGCCAGAUUAGCAACCUACAGUUCUCACAAGCAAACAUGCAUGGCCUGUCGAGUAGCCAGGAGUUCCAACAGAAUCAGUUCUAUAGCCAGUCACCCCAACAGCCUAUCUCCCCGCAACAAUCGACGCCCUCACCUCACAUGCACCAGCAGAUGUCGCCACAGAUGUCUCCGCAGCCUCAACAGGUGCAGACCCCAACCAGUAAAAUACCAGACAUUGUGUUGACAGGGGCAGAAGAUUUUUCUCGACAGGACUUCGCCAAAGAUAUAAGUAACGCAAUGGCUAACAUGACCGAUACUUUUGACACUGACUUUUUCUGUGGGGAUGACCCGUUAAAAGUGGGAUUGGAUCCGUUAGACUUUAAUGAACUGCAGAUGUUAACAGAUCCCAGUUUAGUCACAGAUCCAGCAACAGAGGACAGCUUUCGAUUAGACCGGUUGUGAAAUUUUGAGACCGGGAAGCCUCUUUUUGAUGAUGACCCGUGAGAGCUGCAUGCUGCACGUGGGAACCAGUCAUCCUAAAAGGCCCCCGGUCGAACGGUACGAAGGGAAGAGAUGAACCAAAAAGACACUGUGGAAUAUUUGGUUGCUGCCAAUGGAGACGCCACACAAAUCUGGCUUAGCAGCAUUGGUGCUUUUUGAAAUGUUAACUCUCUUCCCCAUUGUGACUUCCUGUAAACUUGGACCGCUACCCAAGUAAAUACUGAAAACAAAUAAUUGAGGGAUGCAUGGUGUGCUUCAGAUUGUGAACAGAUUGUUUUGUUCUUAAGAUAUGCUGGUCAUAGUGGAAAGUGUGGUUGUGUAUAUGAUAGAAAAGAGUAUAUCACCUCCCAAAGGCAUUUAUGGCUGGCUUAUUGAAUCACUUUUAGCAUGUACUUGGCCUUUGUCUAAUCUUGACCAUAAUCAAGGUUGUAGUGACAUUUGGCGGGCAGCUGUGAAUAUGAUCAGAGUGGUUUAAUUUCGAAGCAUUGUUUCCCAGAAGACCUGUGGAAACAUCAUGGUUGCUUUGAAACAAUCAUUGUUGCCAGGAUGUCAUGACAUUGAUGCAGUUGCUGUGUGUCUUGGCUGGGGUAGUUGCAUUUCUAUACAUGUACAUUUCUGAAUAUUUUCUAAUGGAUUAUCUAAGAUAAUGAAUUCUGUGGUUGUGUUUACGUGUUGGACUUGUUUGAUAAAGUUAUAUAGGUAUCUCGACAGCUUUAGUACAUUGUACAGUAGAAGUUCACUGAGAUUUGGGCUAGGCCAGAAGUUGUCAUUGUUAGAAAUAUUCCUUGAGAACUUGAUGCCAAUAUAAAGCAAAUUUGGUCUUUGUACAUAUAGGAGUUUCCUAUUUAGUGAAAUUUAGAAUGAACCUAAUUAAGACUACUGUUGCCAUCAGCUUGCAUGGAUGAAGGUUUGAAAAAUGACACAUGCAUUGUUUGAAUGAUGUUGUCUGCCGAGUGCUAUUUGGUUCACCAUGUGGCUAAUCAAUUGGAUCAGCUGACAAGUAGAAUUACCAUGAACUACAUUGUUGUCAUUUCCAUCUGAUUGAAAAAAAUACUCAUUUCUUCAGAAUCUUUGGAAUGAAAGAUAUGAAAGACUUAAUAGCCUGUGAUAUGUUCAAAUGGGGUAUUUGUACUGUAGAUAUAGUGAAAUAGAAAGUCAUUCCUUGAAGUUGAAUAGGCCCUAUUUUUUUCAUUCUUGCCUCAGCUACAUCGGGCACCAGAAAUUUCUUUCUGCUCUUUGGAUUUGGGAAAAUCAACAGUGAGAUUCAGUGAUAGUGUGGGAGGGAAAAUACUUCUACUUAAUCAUUUUGAUGUAGCAUUCAAGAAGCUGGGAACUCUAGUGUCAUUAUUGCUGAAAACCUUGAACAGUGCAAUUCUCAAACUUGCAAUAAGGUAACGAAUUAGUUCUUAUAAGUUAAACAAACAAGAAAAAUGUACUAGCAUGUCUGGGUAUCUCCCCAGUUUGCAUUAGAAUUCCACAUGUCACAUUAGUACAGAAUUUCUUGGUUGGCUAUGGAGUCCUUGUGGUGUGGCAAGCACAGAAGUCAAUAUUGGUUUCAUUCUAGCCCUGUAGUUAAUGUAUACCUGUGAGUGAUUUCUUUCUGUGGUAUAUUUAGAAGUGUUAACACAACCGAUCGUUUUUCUAGUGGUAAACAGCCAAAGUUUCCGAUUGUAGAGCUGUAGAAACUAGAAAUGGUGGAAUCACUAGAACUGCCUCAAUGGCAAUGAUGUUAAUUUUCUAAACCUGUUACUUGAUGUUGUUUUGUAUAAGAGUCAAUAUUGUGGUUGGAUAUCUAAGUUACAGCAUCAUUUGACUUGAGUUUUUCAAGAAUGUUUUAUAUUUUGAAUUCUUUUGACAAUUAGCACUUUUUUACGGUUUUCCUCUCAAACUGAUGUUCACUACCACUACGCCUCACUGCAUUGAGUCGUUGACAAAUCCGUCAUUAAGUGAUAUCCCUCAAGUCAUCUUCUAACGAAGUGAAAUGAAAAUGCUUUGUCAGGCCUGUAGCUACAUUUUGGUCAGGGAGGGGCAAAACACAUUUUUGGGUGACCUUUGGGGUUCCAACCCCCCAGCCUUUGGCGAUGGCCCUGCUUGUUUCUCAUCAGUCGAUAGCAUAUUUUUCUUCAGUUAGCCGAGAGAUAUCACAAGAUGAAGUUUAAAUUGUCAUUCUGUCCACGGAUAGCACUGCACCACUCAGUCUUUACUUUUUCAGAAAACUUGUUUAGAUUUUAUAACCCAAUUUGCAUUGGUCAGUGUUGCAUGUGGUGUAAACAAUUUUGUGAUGCGUUAUGUAUGGCAAGCCAUAUAGGUGUACAGUAAAGUUAUCGAAGUGGAAAUAUUUAGUGUUGUUCUCAAAUUUUGAUACUUUAUCCAAAAACAUUACUUUGUAUAAAACUCAUGCAAAUGUAUAGUGAAUAUAUGAUGAUUUUCGCCGAUUUCUGGCUUGUAUAGUUCAUGUGAUGUGUACAGUAGAUCUUAGUAAUGUUUUAGUAUUGUAUUGUACGAGGAAACUGUUCAAGGACUGGGAAGGUCACUGUUAUUAAUGUGAGAGCAAUUAAUAUCAUUCGUAAAGGAGGCACAUAUCUGUGAUUCUGACAUUAUUAAGAUGCAGUUCCCAGUGAAACAACUAGAAUUAGAUUUUUCAUCAUUUUCUUUCUGAAAUUUGACAUAGUGUGUCUGCUCAGUACAUGCGGUAGUGCGGGCUGUUGACAAAGUAUCUCUGAUAUGGCAUUUAUGAUGACUCGAUAGUCUUAAUCCAUCCCUCUUAAUACAGGACUUUUCGUUGUUAUCCAAGAUUCAACCGCAGCUCCACCACGUUGUGAUGAAAUAUCACACUUUUGGGCCAAUGAAACAUACUGAUGAAUCCUGACUCAGAAAAGGUUGGAGGGUUGGGUCACGUCAUGUCCCUCGGUAUUGUCGUACACGUGUGAUCUGUUACUGCAGCUGAGCCCUGCAUGAGCAUGGUAAGUAGUGUAUUGAGCAGGCAUACAUUACUUAUUUCACCUUUUGUUAAAGGAAAACAACAUUCUCUUCCUGUGACAAUGGUACAUUCAUGAAGCAGGAAAUCUGUCCUCACAGUAAACUUUGACCCAAAGUCCUUGAAUUGGUGGGCACUAGAUUGAAGGGGGAGACGGUUGGUGCUAAGCUUUUGAAAGUUGUAAACAUUGUUUAAAUUGCCCCGAUUAAUUGCCCUUUAAAUCAUGAGUCAUGUGAUGAUUAGUGCUUACUUUGUAGGGAUGUGGGCUUGGUUGCUCAAAAAGGGUAAAAGUAAAUAAACCAAUUGACUGCCACUGUACAGCUCUCCCACAUUGACCUUGGUCAAAGCACUUUACAACAAUUGUCCCUCUUAUUAGUCUCCACUGAGGAACUCCGGGAAAGAAGUUAUUUGUGCACCAUUCACUUGGGCUCUGUGACCAGAUGGUUUUGAACCUCUGACCCUCGGGUUGUGAUUCUGACAGCUAACCAGGGCACCAUCACACAUGGGUGUCAAUUACUGUUCUUACAUGUAGCUGAGGCUUAUCCUUAGCAGCGACUAAUAUCCUCGUACACAUAAUGAGCAACCAAGCCCGAAAUUCUGCUGGGAUAUUUAAUGUGUUGUUGGGUUGGAAGUCAACUUGCCAUGUAUUUUCUGUUUAUCCUUGUAUAUAGUAUUACUGUGUGUCCCCAGGAGUCGCCUCCUAUUUUUACCCUUUUCUGGUGUAUAUGUCAGUACAAUUCUAUUCUAGAGGGACGGUGAGUUGUUUUAGAGCAGUGCUAUUUUUUGUUAAUGAUUACUGGUUAAUUGACAUACAUUUAGUGAUACAAGGCACGUAGUAUCUCACCAGUGAGAUGAUAAUACAUGUACAAGUAGUUUUGACACUUUAAAGUCAAUCUCACAAAAAGUAAAGGAAAUUCUUAUCAAAAUUCAGAAAUUAAUUUUUCUCAGUUUUCUCAAUUUUGAGAUAGAGAUUGCCAUUGCUGAGGCAUACCUUCCGGCCUUCUGGAACAGUGCGAUAUAAUUUAUGUCUGUGUGACCAAAGUAUGCUCUUUUGUUGCAACUCCUUGGCAGCGACAACAAGUUGUAAAUCAUCUAGUUUAUACCUACAUGUAGAUAUCAAAUGUUGGUAGACUGCUCAAAGUUGAGAAUAUACCAGCAUCAUAGCAUAAGCUCACACUCGUGAGCUGGAAUUCAGGUCACGUUCAAUAGCAUUUGACACUGAAUUACAGUGAAACACCUGGCCAGAUCUUAUUCUGAAGACAGGGUAGCCUAUUUCGAUAAUACAUGUAGGUUGGUUUGACUAAAAAAAUAUGUCACUCAACGCUUUGUUUCUCAUGCAAUUGAAAUUCCCAAAUCCUGUUUGUCAAUAAUAUAUAUGUAGUUGCUUGCAUGAUUGAAAGUACCAUUGUGCUUUCGAAAGCAUGAGAGGCAAUGGGUCUGUCCUUAGUCAUAUGAUAAACUGGUAUAAUCGUAUACAACUAGGCUAGCAACACUGUUAUUUUUCUCGGUAAAUUCUUAUUCUGCAGUAAUUUGAUAAGGACUCGGGAAUUCUUAGGGGGGAGUUCCAAACUUACACACAUGUCCCCCUAGUCCUUUUCUUGUAAUCUUAAGUAUGGUGCUGGUCCAGUUUGUGUGUGGUGGACCAGGGCCAGUGUAGACCUACCAACCCCUGACAAUUUUUCUUUCAAUUCUUUCUGUAAAAAGCCAUCUUUUUGAUGUUGUCUGUCAAAAGUUGUGUAAAUAUUCCGUCAGUUGUGAGAUAUUCACUAUUAAAGGCUGAAGUUUGUACAUUUCUAUGGUGUAGCUCUUGAUUUCAAAUUACGAUCGACUCUUCCGUGUUAAAAUGUCAUGUGCACAAUUCAUUGAUACUGCCACUCUAGCGAAAUGAUGUCUUAAUCGAGCCUGUCUGUAGGAAAUUUCAGGUCUGUUUCCUAACUGUGUGUUAUGAACAGAGUAUGCUAGAAUUGGAUAAAUACUCUUUUAAGUUUUCACUGAGGACAGUCGAUGAGUUGAAAGUAAUCAUCCUACAAAAUCUUGUAAACCAAGUCCUCAGUUGUGUUUCAGAUAAUGAAAUCAGGGAAUCGACCAACAAAAUGUCAACUGCAUCAAAUUGAUGAAAUCGGCUGUUAUCAAGUUGACAUCAUAAGACAUCUUUUUGACUCCAAAGGAUUUUGUAUUCGAUUGUAGUGGAUUUCUGUGUGUUAGAGGACAUAUUUGUUAUCUCACACGAAGUGCAGCACUCUGUGAAGCUUUAUUUCUGUGUGUAAGAGGAUAUAAUUGUUAUCUUAGUACCAGUACAGCACUCUGUGAAGAUUUUGUCACAUACCUGUCCAUAAUGUAUAUAAUUGAAUGAGACAUACUGUGUUUACACAAUUAAGCUGGUGGAGAGGUGCAAGUGCAGAAGGCCGAUUUUACAUGUAAUUGUCCUAUGUGUAACAAGAUGUGGCUCAACUGACUUAAUAGUGUUGACACAAUAUGUUUUUGUUUAGAAGCGUCAGUCGGUGAAGAUUCAUUUGUAAAAUCUAACAACUACUUAAGAGUUUGUUUACCCCUGUGAUUAGUCAACUAAAAUUUGUGACAGCCAGUAGUAAUUCACCAUAGUCUUCUUUGACACUUUCCAGGAUUGCAUCCUGUCAAAGUGAGGGCAUGAUAAUUGUCUGUUUUGCGCUGACUUGGUUCUUGACUUCAAAAACAUGCAGAGUAGAUAGUGAUCCUAUUCUUACAUGAAGCUUAGAUGGGACAUUGGUGUGUAGUCCUUCAGGCAAUGUUCAACUAUUUGUAUAUAAUUGUGAAAUGAAAUUGAUUCAUUUUAUUUUAAGAAAAUAUUUCUGGUUCGAAAAGCAUGGACAGAAUCAUGGUACGGGAUAAGAUUUGAUGCCACUGGUGAAAAAAAUAAUAAUGUUUUUUUACGGUGGUGUGGAUAGCAUUGUUCCUGUUUAUAUUUAUAUAGUUUAAACCGAUGAUUAUUUCGAGGUGAGGCAUUGAAUUGUGCAAACGGAACCAGAUUAACAGAGUAUUUAAUUACAAAUUUUUAAAAAUAAUUGGUUUAAAAAAUGAAAUAUUUUUUUGAUUUUUUUCAAAUUUUUGGAGCUUUUGUUGAUUUGAUCAAUCAUAUUGUGUGGCUGUGUGUUCUUUUUUGAUCUGCAGGAUCGCAAGUAAUGAUCAUUUCUGUUUGUUACAUUUAUGUUUAAGUACUGCUAUUUAAAAAAAGAUAUGUUGACAAAUGACUAAAUUUUAAUCACUAAAUCAUGGCUGGUGAUAUUAAUUAAUAAUAUCCUAGAUUGCAUGAAUGUUAAUAUAAUGAGGAACAUUUUAGAGCCAACUCAAAAUUGACAAUGUCUAAUGAAUUUUUGAUUCUGGUCAAGUCGAUAGCCAAAGAUUCUGUAUUUUACAGUGCAGUUUCCUUUUAGAUCACAUUUAGGAUAGAUCACCCGGGGAAGAAUAAUCCAUAUAUCACAUACACAUGUAGAAGUGCACUAUGAUACAUGACAUCUUUGUCUUUUUUCUUGACCGCAUACAUACAUCACUUCCCCGGUUCACUCUUCAGACAGUUGGUUGUGAGAAUUUAUGAAGAUUUAAAUUGUACAGAUAUAUGCUCUAUGGAAACUAUCAUAAUAGAUCAUAGAAAUCCUUUUUCACAGUGAUAUAGUGGACAAACUUCUUCACAUGCAGAUACUAAAUGGUUUCUCAAUAAACUGAUUUUGCAGAUUUCAAAUAUGUGCUAAUUAGUGCUGUACUCUAAUUCUGAGUCCACCUUAAAUGUGGCAUCACCAUUGAAACCAAUGGAUUGGCAACAUUGGUCAGUAGCCUCUUUUCAUGCCCUAAAAUAAGGUCAUCUAAAUCAUCAGCUGAGUUCAAUUUGUUUUUGAGAAAUAACUGCAUGUAACUCGUAUGAAGUGCUGAGUCCGAGUUGUAGAGAUUGUCCUCAGUGCUUAUCGCUUGAAACAUUGUUGCUGUUGCAUAUAACUAGGGAUACACUUUAUUGCCUCUGAUUUAAUCAUGUCUUGAUAUGUUGUUUUGUUAUGUAUACUUAAAAUUGUCAAAAGAAUAAAACAACAUAAACAUUA